AAAGGGCGAGGGUGUGAGUGUGAGUCCAAAUAUCCAGAUAUCCGGAGCAGAUUAUGUAAAGCGAUAAGAGGAAGAGGAAGAGGAAGUUGCUGAGCUUCAAAUGGCUUUCUCACACACCUCGACCUCGUCGUCGCCAUGCACAUCAUUUCUCUCGCACCUACAAUCUUCUUCUUCUUCUUCGUCUUCGCUACUCAAAUUACAGCACCCCCUCCUCCUCCUCCUCUCCCAACGUCGCGCUCGCAUUCGAAUUCGAAUUCGCGUCACUGCUUCUGCAGCAGCUGCCGUUGUUGAGUCUUCAAACGGCGCCGUAGCGGCGAAACAGGACAGUUCCUACGGAAGACAGUUCUUUCCCUUGGCUGCCGUUGUUGGCCAAGAUGCUAUUAAAACUGCUCUUUUGCUUGGGGCUAUAGACCGUGAAAUUGGAGGAAUUGCUAUCUCCGGAAGGAGGGGAACAGCCAAAACAGUAAUGGCCCGUGGUUUGCAUGCAAUUUUACCACCCAUUGAAGUAGUCGUUGGUUCAAUAGCAAAUGCUGAUCCAGCCUGUCCCGAAGAGUGGGAAGAUGUUUUACCUGAACGCAUGGAAUUUGAUUCUGCUGGUAAUGUCAAGACUCAGAUUGUUAGGUCUCCUUUUGUUCAGAUUCCACUUGGAGUCACAGAGGACAGACUCAUUGGAUCUGUUGAUGUUGAGGAGUCCGUGAGAACAGGAACCACUGUUUUCCAACCUGGCCUUCUUGCUGAAGCUCAUAGAGGUGUAUUAUAUGUUGAUGAAAUUAAUCUUUUGGAUGAGGGGAUCAGUAAUUUGCUUCUCAACGUAUUAACUGAAGGAGUUAAUAUUGUUGAGAGAGAGGGAAUGAGCUUUAGACACCCAUGCAAGCCACUCUUGAUUGCUACGUAUAAUCCAGAAGAGGGUGCUGUGCGUGAACACUUACUAGACCGUAUUGCAAUCAACUUGAGUGCAGAUCUUCCGAUGAGUUUUGAUGAUCGUGUUGCAGCUGUGGGCAUUGCGACAAAAUUUCAGGAAUAUAGUACUGAAGUCUUUAAAAUGGUUCAAGAAGAAACAGAAUUUGCAAAAACUCAGAUCAUUUUGGCAAGAGAGUAUCUAAAGGACGUAGUUAUAAGCAGAGAACAACUCAAGUAUCUGGUUUUGGAAGCCCUGCGAGGUGGUUGCCAGGGACAUAGAGCUGAGCUAUAUGCUUCCCGUGUUGCAAAAUGCUUAGCUGCUCUAGAUGGACGAGAAAAAGUUUAUGCUGAUGACCUGAAAAAAGCUGUAGAACUGGUCAUACUUCCUCGCUCAAUCGUUAAUGAGAACCCACCAGAACAGCAAAAUCAACCGCCUCCACCUCCACCACCUCCUCAAAAUCAAGAAUCUGGGGAAGAGCAAAAUGAGGAGCAAGAAGAAAAAGAGGAUGAAAAUGAUGAAGAGAAGGAAGAGAAUGAAGAUAAUGAACAAGAGCAGGAACAGCUACCUGAAGAGUUUGUCUUUGAUGCAGAAGGGGGUUUGGUGGAUGAGAAGCUUCUUUUUUUCGCACAACAAGCGCAGAGACGCAAAGGGAAGGCUGGGAGAGCAAAAAAUGUUAUCUUUUCAGAGGAUAGAGGUCGAUACAUUAAGCCAAUGCUUCCAAAGGGACCUGUAAAGAGAUUAGCUGUUGAUGCAACUCUUAGAGUUGCUGCACCAUAUCAAAAAUUGCGUAGGGAGAAGAACACUCAAGUCGGCAGGAAAGUUUUUGUUGAAAAAACUGACAUGAGAGCAAAGAGAAUGGCACGGAAAGCAGGAGCACUGGUUAUAUUUGUUGUUGAUGCAAGUGGAAGCAUGGCACUGAACCGAAUGCAGAAUGCAAAAGGUGCAGCGCUCAAGUUACUAGCCGAAAGUUAUACGAGCAGAGAUCAGGUUUCUAUUAUUCCUUUCCGUGGAGAUUCUGCUGAAGUUCUUCUGCCUCCUUCUAGAUCCAUUGCAAUGGCAAGAAAUCGUCUUGAGAGACUUCCCUGUGGUGGAGGUUCUCCCCUUGCUCAUGGUCUGACCACGGCUGUAAGGGUUGGGCUAAAUGCAGAGAAGAGUGGUGAUGUUGGACGUAUAAUGAUUGUUGCAAUAACUGAUGGUAGAGCCAAUAUAUCACUAAAAAGGUCCAAUGACCCUGAAGCUGCUGCUGCUGCUACUGAUGUCCCAAGACCUUCGGUAAAGGAGUUGAAGGAUGAGAUUCUUGAGGUUGCUGGUAAAAUAUACAAAGCAGGGAUGUCUCUUCUCGUCAUCGACACUGAAAAUAAAUUUGUUUCAACUGGUUUUGCCAAGGAGAUUGCAAGAGUUGCUCAAGGAAAAUACUAUUACUUGCCAAAUGCCUCAGAUGCUGUAAUCUCAGCUGCCACAAAGGACGCUUUGUCAACAUUGAAAAACACGUGAAGCAUUAGAUAUCGUGGUUUCCUGUUGUGCCAAGUAUCGACUACUAGAGCAGCUUAGUUUCUGUCAACAUUAUUUCUUAAUUUUAGUGUUACCUCUUUACAUGUAUAUUUUGAGAAAUUCUUAUUGU